CGUCUUGUCAGUCAGUGUUGUAUAUUUAGCGAGUUUUCAGAGUUUCCCUCCAGCGACUUUUGUUGGUAAAAGAGGUUAGCAGCUACUGUUCAGGUUGCCAUUUGGGAGUUUUGCCAACUGUCCGAGAGUUUCUAUGGUUUUGAUAGCAUUUAGUGAGUUUUUCCACAAACAUUCUGCCGCAAACGAGAGUUGGAGAAGCUGUCUGUGCAACGAAAGUUACAGCAACAGCGCGCAGGCAGAGAAGCACAAGGGGAGGGGUGUGCGGCGUGGGAGAAAGGACGGAAAACGCUACGUCGGGGACUGCAGCUGUGCCACAGCAAGGCAGAUUGGUGCUGUGACGUCGUCGCGUCAACUGAAAAACGUAAAAACAACUGCUGGCUGUCACGCGGUCCGGUAGACAGCGGUGAGAGAGGGCUUGAACAGGGGGACCAUGAUGGUGAUACCGUGGCUACUUCUCCUUGAGAUGGGCUUAUACGCCAGUUCUUUCGUGUGUGGGAUAGUCGCGGCAUCUUCUUUAACUAUCGUACAGGGUAGUUUCGGGGGGCUCUGUAUGCUGUAUGGAACAGUGACCCACAACUCAUCAUCAGACUCCAUAUUGGUCCAGACCUCCAGUUCUCCUUCUCUCUGCUACUUUGUCUCUGCUAUCUCAGUCUGUGUAGCCAUUUUCUGUUUCUCUAUAUCCCUGUACUGGAUAUAUACAUGCUGCCUGGAUGGAGGGGUUAACAGAGAGCGUGUAUGGCUGAACAUGACCCUGGUGGUGUGUGGAGUCUUUCUCUUCUUCCUCCUGGUGACGGGCUGUGUGUUGAAGGUCGGAAGAGACUCUCUGUGUGACUCUGUCCUACAUGCUGUCCCCAACGUCACCAGAUGUGAACAGGCUCAGUCUAGGACCUGGAUCAGUCCUUACACGGGAACUCAGUUCUACACUGGACUGUACAACGCAGGGACAGCAGUGUGGGUGAACUUCUUUUUCUGGAUUCUGAUUGGCAUACUGGUGGUGAUCCAGAGAGGUCAAGGGUCAGAUUCCAGAAGGAUGACGCCCUCUGAGACCGAACGUCUUUUCCCAGGCCAGGCCCAGCAGCAGUGACUCAUAACCGUCUCGCUGUACGACCUGUUGACGCUCACACACAAACACACAUAUCUAUCACUCCUCACUGUCUGACCUGCAAGAGAAUGAAUGAAUCUUACCGUGUGUGUGUGUGUGUGUGUGUGUGUGUGUGUGUGUGUGUGUGUGUGUGUGUGUGUGUGUGUGUGUGAGAGAGGCUGUGUAGGUUUCUCUCAGUUGUUCUUCUUCUACUGUUCCUGGACUCGGUGUGUAUGUGGACCUCUGAGUACUGCAGCCUAGUGAAGCAGAGAUGUUCUACACUGGAAUACAGUAUAUUACAUAGUGUCACUGUAGGGGUUCACCUUGUUUUGAAACUGUUUUACUGAGAACAAUUCAUUUACCUUUGUUAAGCUCUUAUACGUUUCUCUGUGGUUCCUCCAUCCGCAGUCCUUUCAUUCUUCCUGUAUUUAGGGAGAGAGGUGUGUGUGACUGGCUAACGGGGACAUCCAAUGGUCUCAGAUAAUAUCUCUCCGUGUGUGUCCACUCAGGACCACAGACAAACCAAGUCAGUCGGCAUUGUCACACUGUCCUACGCAAACACACACUGAGAUUCCUUCCUGGAUACUCAGAAGCUAAGCAACCAUUUUGUUACUUCAUUCCCUUUCUGCCUGCAAUUAUUUGUACUUUUUUUUUUUUUAAUGAAUAUUGAAAAGCAUAAAUGUGUAUUUUGAUUUGAAUGAGGUUUUGUUUAUGUUUUUUUUACAGAAGUUUCUAAAACAGUUAUCGACCAAUAACAGUAGGUGUGAGCAGAGCAUCUUGACCAAUAAAGAUGCAUUGGUUUGUCAUA